ACAUCUCCGGCUACCGAGCAUCGCAUCUGUGCGAGAGCGCGCUGGUCGCGCCGAGGAUGCUAAAGGCAGCGGGCUGUCUCCCUGCUUGGGCUGUGGGCUAAUUUAUAAUCCUUGGGCGGGGAGAAGGGGGUAGAGACGACACACAAGAGAAGACGGAGAAGCGUGGGGGGAGAUGUUUCCUGGUAUGGCUUCAUUAAACCCCGGCGUUAAUGAGUGGCACAGGGCUGCGGCUGCUCCCCGCGUCCCCGACGAGGGUCUCUCCCGCGACCAGCGUGACGCUAGCCGGUGUCCUCAGCCGCCUUCCCCGGGGGACGCCCCCAUACAGACGGUGGACUGCCCAGCCGUGCACUGCCGUCCCCUCGGAUGCCCCUGGCCGGACUCCUACCGCCCCUCGACGCACCGCCCCUCGACGCCGCGCUGCCCGGGCGGGGCCCGUGCCCUUGCUGGGGAUGCUGGGGUCCCCUCGCUGGCGGUGACUUCCCCUGGGGAUGGGGAGCGGCGGUCCCGACAAUCGCACAGCGAGCCCCCGCACCUCGGAGCCGGCGGCCAGCACGACGGCGGCCCCCAGCCCCCCACCAUGAACACCAUCGUCUUCAGCAAGCUCAGCGGCCAGGUGCUUUUCGAGGAGGACGCCAAGGAGCGGGAGCGGAGCGGCCGGCCCUACGUGGGGGUGGUGGAGGGCCCACACCACGCCGAGGUGCUGCUUCCCGACAGCCCGUCCAUCAAGGAGAGCCUCAGCCUGCGCAACCGGCGGACAGGGGCGCGGCAGAGCGGCGGGAAGGUGCGGCACAAGCGGCAGGCGCUGCAGGACAUGGCGCGGCCACUCAAGCAGUGGCUCUACAAGCACCGCGACAACCCAUACCCCACCAAGACCGAGAAGAUUCUGCUGGCCCUCGGCUCCCAGAUGACCCUGGUGCAGGUAUCAAACUGGUUUGCCAAUGCAAGACGUCGCCUGAAGAACACUGUCAGGCAACCAGACCUUAGCUGGGCUUUACGAAUAAAACUGUACAACAAAUAUGUUCAAGGAAAUGCUGAACGACUCAGCGUGAGCAGCGAUGACUCAUGCUCUGAAGAUGGAGAAAAUCCUUCAAGAAACCAUAUGAAUGAAGGGGGAUAUAAUAAACCAGUUCAUCAUGCUGUGAUUAAAACUGAAAGUUCAGUAAUAAAAACAGGAGUGAGACCAGAAGCAAGUGCCAAUGAGGAUUACGUGUCACCCCCCAAAUAUAAAAGCAGCUUAUUGAAUCGUUACCUGAAUGACUCACUGAGACAUGUCAUGGCUACUAAUGCAGCUAUGAUGGAAAAAACAAGGCAAAGGAAUCACUCUGGCUCAUUUAGUUCCAAUGAAUUUGAGGAAGAACUGGUGUCUCCAUCAUCAUCAGAGACAGAGGGCAAUUUUGUCUAUCGGACAGAAAAUCUGGAGAAUGGACCAAAUAAGUGUGAAAGUGCAGCUAACAGAAAAGGAACCAGCAAAGAUGAAACGUACUGGAAGGAGAUCAACGCAGCUAUGGCCCUAACAAACCUUGCCCAGGGGAAGGAUAAACUGCAGGGAACUACCAGCUGCAUCAUUCAGAAAUCAUCACAUAUAUCAGAAGUAAAGACUGUUAAAGUGCCAUUAGUUCAGCAGUUUUGAGAGAUGGGUCCUUUUUCUUUUUUUUUAAUGUCAAAUGGACAUUUUCCUCACAGGAUUGGUUUUCAGCAAAAUCGGAUUCACAGAUAUGAGGCAAAUGUGGAAAAUAGGUCCCCUCUUAUAGGAUGGUCAGUUAAAAAAAUUAAGGUCCCUUCUGACUCAGACGUUUCCAUUGUAUUAAAUGAAAUGUUCAAUUGCUUCUAUAAAAAGCAUGUAAAUUAUAAAAGAACUGGUUUUAUCAGAACAUUAACUUAUUUUAUGUUAAUCAAAGUGCGCAUAAGAUGUUUGCAUUGCUAUUACAGUAAGUGCCUUGCUUUGAAAAAAUAAGCUAUAACGUGGGCAUAGUACAACAGUGUUAUGCCUCAAAAUGACAAUGCCAUAAUGCUUAAACUUUGUAUAUUAUUCCAAGUGGGCUUAAGCAGCCGAGGGCUAAACACAUUACUGCUGAAGGCCCUGGAGAGUUGUGCUUGUUUGACUUGUACAAAUUGAUGAGUCUUAAUGAAAUUGUUACAUCAUUCUCUCUUUUUUUAAUCAACAGUGUUAUAAAAAUUGUACAGUAUGUUUUGUCAAAGUGACAAUGAGGUUGUUAUGCAUGUUUCUUACCUGUAUAUGCAGUAUAUUAAAAUACCAAAAUCAUUCCUUUGAAAAGUGCAAUACUCUAGAACACAAAAAUUUAGGAAAUAAGUUAAUUGUUCAGAUUCUUUUGAACUUAUGCACCCAGCUGUGUUGCUCAUUAAAGAUUUCUAGUUGAGAAGGUGUUAGCCAGACUAGCUAUAAAUUCAAGUCAAAUUUCUAGAAUUUUAAAGCUUUACUAGUGACUUACUGAAAUUCUGAUAGAAGUAAAACUGAUUUUUUUCUUCUUAUACAAAACCAAAUCUGUAGUGCCAUUUAUUAUUUGCAAUGGAAUUCAAAAAUGUUUCCAUGGUGGAACUUAUUCCUUUAAUGUGGUUUAAACAUUUUCAUUUUGUAUGUACUGCAUAAAUGAGGACAGUUGAUUGACAUUUCAUAUUUCAGUGAGAAAAAUCUAUAAUAUAAACUAUCAAAGCCCAAGGUAGAAUCCCAGUGGGAACUGGAACAUUGAAAAAUCUCAGCAUUUAAGGCAGAAGCAUUUUAAGAAGAUACUAAACCAUGUAUUAAAUGUCAUGUCUCUAAACUUGACUGCUAUUGAGUGUAAUAACUAGCAUAAAACCAGGUUUAUUUUUAAAUUUUAUUUGGAGGUGUACAAGUUAUUUUUAAGUCAUAUAACAAUAGUCUAAUGAGGUUUACAGUGCUUGAAUAAACAGUGGCAAAGCCAAAACCAAUUUAUACUGAAUCAGUUAUAGAAAACUGGAAAAGAGCUGAUUGUUGCAAGGAUUUGGAUUUUUUUUCCUGUGGGUAUUCUAUCAGGUUUUUCCCUAGUUCUCCCUUUCCUUGUUUCUCUUUUUGGUGAGCCAUCAAUGAACAAGACAAGACCUUAGUUCUGCUCCUGCUGAGUUUAAUGGCAGAACUCCCACUUCAAUGGAAGCAGGACUGUGCUAAUGAUGAAACUCACUUCCAAGUAGAGGCUGUUUCAGUUGCACUAAAAUAGUCAAGAUACAUUGCAAAUAUCAGCCUUGGUGUGACUUCUUAGGAAACUUCUUGAUGUAACAUAACAUUGUUGGGUUUAUUUAGUGUACAAUGAAAAUGAUUUGAUAUGAAAAUAUUUUGUACAUAUAUAUUUUUACUUUGUUUUCUAAAUUGCUGAUUUGCAUUGACUUAAAGUGCCAAGCAAGAAAUGUAUGUUGUGACUGUAUGAACAGUUGAAGUAAUGUUUUACUGACUUGCAUCAUUAUGUGUCUAAGAUUCCAUGACAUUAAUUUUUGAUACUUUACUGGAUUUUGACAUAAUAAUGUGAGUUUAUAACUAAUAGCAGAGAGUUAAUACUUCACUUUUGUUCAUACUAUUAUAAGUUAUUCUGGUAUUAAAUAUUUUGUGACAAUAAAUUCAUGGUUUUGACAAACCUUUCUGUUAGAAAUAUUCAGUGUUUUUGUCUGUAUAAAUGACAACAAAAUUUGUCUUGUAAAAAAGGUACUUUUGGGGACUUCUCUGAAGUAAAACUGGAGAAGACAAGCCAUUGUAUAAACAACUCGUUAAUGGUUCUUUUUUCAAAUGAUCAAAGCACAAGAAUAACUGUAAAACACAUCAAGUGGGUUUUAAAUUUAAGAAAUACUUGGCCUAAUUUCUUGUUACCGUUUCCUUUAAUUUAUUUUUUUCUACUGCUGCUUUAGAGUUUUCUGAAAACACAAAUUCUAAUGAAUUAUGUGUGUCUUUUUUUAAAUAACAAAAGUCAUGAUCAGUGCUGAGCCAACAGCUAAUGAAAACUCAAUAAUUAUUUAUGAUAUUGGAAAAACAAACAUUAUUACUAUUGCUCUUCUUUGUUUCAACAUAUGUAACCAUUUUAGUAAAAUAAAUAACUGCAAA